CAUAGCCAACAAAACACUCAACAGUCUUUUUUUUUCUUUUUUUCUUUUUGGGAUUAUUACUUUUCUCUAUCUUUUAGAAGUGCUUCCCCUUCUGCUUGUUAUCUCCUUCUUCGUUACGCGUCCUCAUUUUCAACACUUUCAUCACUACUUUCUCUCUCUAAAACUUUCCAUUUUUCUUUUAUUCUCGUUCUCUGAAAUUGCGACCGAACCAGCCAGGUUUCCAAGCAGACUUGGCUUGCUUCUCAAUCCAAAACCCAUUUCCCUUUGUUUGUUCCUUUUCCCCCUUUUCGAGUAUCUUAUUACAUUAUUAUAAUAUCACCGGAGGGUACUCUUUUGUGGUGGAGCUGCGAUUUCUCUUGCUUGUUAUGGGAAGUGAAAAGACCAAUUUUGGAUCUUUUCGAGGAAAUUGGUGGUACUGAGACUUGACUUCAUUCAGUACUGAAGAAGAGACCGAGGGUUUUCAGAGUUGGAUUGUUUCUUAUUGCUAUAAUCGGCUAUGGACACUGGAGGCCGACUCAUUGCUGGUUCUCACAACAGAAAUGAAUUUGUUUUGAUAAACGCAGAUGAAAAUGCAAGAAUAAAGUCUGUGAAAGAAUUGAGUGGGCAAACGUGUCAGAUCUGUGGGGAUGAGAUUGAGAUUACAGUGGAUGGGGAGCCCUUUGUUGCCUGCAACGAAUGUGCUUUCCCUGUGUGCAGACCCUGCUAUGAGUAUGAGAGAAGAGAAGGAAACCAAGCUUGCCCGCAGUGCAAAACCAGAUAUAAACGAAUCAAAGGCAGUCCUAGGGUUGAAGGUGAUGAGGAAGAAGAUGACAUAGAUGACCUGGACAAUGAGUUCGACUAUGAUGCUUUGGAUCCUCAACAAGUUGCUGAGGCUAUGCUCGGUGGGCACCUUAACACUGGCCGUGGUUUCCACCCUAAUGGCUCUGGAUUGCCUGCACAUUCAGAAGUAGAUUCUUCUCCUCCUAGCUCCCAAAUUCCUCUCUUGACCUAUGGUGAGGAGCAUUCGGAGAUUUCUGCUGAUCAUCAUGCUCUCAUUGUACCCCCAUUUAUGGGUCAUGGAAAUAGAGUUCAUCCAAUGCCUUAUACUGAUCCAGCUGUACCUUUGCAACCAAGACCAAUGGUUCCUAAGAAAGAUAUAGCAGUAUAUGGUUAUGGAAGUGUUGCAUGGAAGGACCGGAUGGAGGAGUGGAAGAAACGGCAGAAUGACAAACUUCAGGUGGUUAAGCACGAAGGGGGGAAUGAUGGUGGAAAUGGAGAGGAGCUAGAUGAUGCUGAUUUGCCAAUGAUGGAUGAAGGCAGGCAACCACUUUCAAGGAAGCUACCCAUUCCUUCAAGCAAGAUAAAUCCUUACAGAAUGAUUAUCAUAAUCCGUCUUGCAAUUCUUGGCCUCUUUUUUCACUAUCGACUUCUGCAUCCAGUUAGGGAUGCUUAUGGCUUGUGGUUGACAUCUGUAAUAUGUGAAAUAUGGUUUGCUGUUUCAUGGAUUCUGGAUCAAUUCCCAAAAUGGUACCCUAUAGAGCGUGAAACAUACCUUGAUCGGCUGUCUCUGAGGUAUGAGAAAGAAGGGAAAUUAUCAGAAUUAGCUAGUAUUGACGUUUUUGUGAGUACAGUGGAUCCAAUGAAAGAACCUCCACUAAUCACUGCAAAUACAGUUUUGUCCAUCCUUGCUGUUGAUUAUCCUGUCGAUAAAGUCACAUGCUAUGUAUCAGAUGAUGGUGCUGCCAUGCUCACAUUUGAAGCUCUCUCUGAGACAUCUGAAUUUGCUAGGAAAUGGGUUCCUUUCUGUAAAAAGUUCAAUAUUGAGCCCCGUGCUCCAGAGUGGUAUUUUUCUCAAAAGAUAGACUACCUAAAAAACAAAGUUCAUCCAGCUUUUGUCAGGGAAAGGCGAGCAAUGAAGAGAGAAUAUGAAGAAUUUAAAGUUAGAAUAAAUGGACUGGUAUCCACAGCACAGAAGGUUCCCGAGGAUGGUUGGACAAUGCAGGAUGGAACUCCAUGGCCUGGAAACUGUGUACGUGACCAUCCUGGCAUGAUUCAGGUUUUCCUAGGUCAUAGUGGUGUGCGUGAUGUGGAAGGAAAUGAGUUACCUCAUCUAGUUUAUGUUUCUCGUGAGAAGAGGCCAGGGUUUGAACACCAUAAAAAGGCGGGAGCCAUGAAUGCUCUGAUACGAGUCUCAUCAGUCCUCUCAAAUGCUCCUUAUCUUCUGAACGUUGAUUGCGAUCACUAUAUUAAUAAUAGCAAAGCACUUAGAGAAGCAAUGUGUUUCAUGAUGGACCCCACUUCAGGGAAGAAAGUCUGUUAUGUGCAGUUUCCUCAAAGAUUUGAUGGAAUUGAUCGGCAUGAUAGAUACUCAAACCGAAAUGUUGUGUUCUUUGAUAUCAACAUGAAAGGAUUAGAUGGCAUACAAGGACCUAUUUAUGUUGGAACAGGAUGUGUUUUCAGAAGGCAAGCACUUUAUGGUUUUGAUGCACCUAUUACCAAGAAGCCUCCUGGCAAGACCUGCAAUUGUUUGCCAAAAUGGUGCUGCUGCCUCUGCUGUUGUUCUAGACAGAACAAUAAAACAAAGCAAAAGAAAGACAAGACGAAGAAGUCUAAGCAAAGGGAAGCUUCAAAGCAGAUACACGCUCUUGAAAACAUAGAAGAAGGAAUUUCAGAGUCAAACACUUUGAAGUCAUCUGAAGCUUCACAAGUUAAAUUGGAGAAGAAGUUUGGUCAGUCUCCUGUGUUUGUGGCUUCCACUCUUCUGGAGGAUGGUGGAAUUCCUCAAAAUGCGAGCCCUGCAUCAUUACUUAGCGAAGCAAUCCAAGUCAUAAGUUGUGGUUAUGAAGAUAAAACAGAAUGGGGAAAGGAAGUUGGCUGGAUUUAUGGUUCUGUUACUGAGGAUAUCCUAACAGGAUUCAAGAUGCACUGUCAUGGCUGGCGAUCUGUGUACUGCAUACCUAAGAGACCUGCUUUUAAGGGUUCGGCUCCUAUUAAUCUCUCAGAUCGUCUUCACCAAGUUCUUCGUUGGGCUCUUGGAUCUGUCGAAAUUUUCUUGAGCAGACAUUGUCCCAUUUGGUAUGGAUAUGGGGGUGGAUUGAAAUGGUUGGAACGAUUUUCAUACAUAAACUCAGUUGUAUAUCCAUGGACCUCAAUUCCAUUGCUUGUUUACUGUACCCUUCCAGCUAUCUGUCUCCUUACUGGGAAGUUUAUUGUUCCUGAGAUUAGUAAUUAUGCCAGUCUAAUAUUCAUGGCACUCUUCAUAUCAAUUGCUGCAACUGGUAUUCUUGAGAUGCAGUGGGGUGGCGUUGGAAUUGAUGACUGGUGGAGGAAUGAGCAGUUCUGGGUGAUUGGAGGUGUAUCAUCACAUCUUUUUGCCCUCUUUCAAGGUUUACUAAAGGUUCUGGCUGGUGUCAGUACAAGCUUCACUGUAACCUCUAAAGCAGCAGAUGACGGUGAAUUUUCCGAGCUUUACCUCUUCAAGUGGACAUCCUUGCUCAUCCCUCCUACCACGUUAUUGGUCAUAAACAUUAUUGGUGUCGUGGUUGGAAUCUCAGAUGCCAUCAAUAAUGGGUAUGAUUCUUGGGGCCCAUUGUUUGGGCGACUAUUCUUCGCCUUUUGGGUUAUUAUCCACCUUUACCCCUUCCUCAAGGGUUUGCUUGGGAAACAAGACCGGAUGCCAACCAUUAUUCUGGUAUGGUCUAUUCUGCUGGCCUCAAUCUUGACUCUCAUGUGGGUACGAAUAAACCCAUUUGUGUCAAAAGAUGGACCUGUACUAGAGGUUUGCGGGCUGAAUUGUGAUGACUAGGAGAUUAGAGAGAAUAAAGAAGCAGCAGCAUUGGCUCUGGAGUUAUAAUCUCAUUUGCCAUGGUGGUUGAGUUGGGAGUUGCUUAAGGGAUUUGUGGUAUCCUGAGCUGAAUGCAUUGCUUCUUUAGGUUAUGUUGCAUGGAGUAUUCAUAAUGGGCAAAGCAGCAAAUUUUGGGUAGGUGGCUUGGCUUGUGUAGAUAUAAUUAUAGGGGGUGGGGGAUGUCACCUUUGUUAUUUGGUUUUUUUACAGAGUUCUUUUUCUAUUAAUUCUUUUAUUAUAUUUUCAUUGUUUUAAGUUCCUUUGGGUUCCUGUGUAUUUUUGGGGGUAUGUAUUCCUUAAGUUUGAAGGUAUUUAUUAAUUCCUUGCCAAUGUGGGGAGGGGAUUGGAUAUAGGCCGUCUCAAAAUUUAUUACCAUUUAUCUUCUAUUCUAUUCUAUUCUGGACUCUGGAGUUGGUCCAAUGUACACGUUUAUAAAUUGAAAGUUAUGAAUGUUACAUGACAAUUUGUUCCUCAUCUACCAAUACAUAUAAUGUAUUUGUUUCGUGGUAA